UGACACACACAUACCAACGGCAUUCGCCAGUCUGUAAACGAGACGGUUGGGUGUUGGCCGUCAUUGAACCGCCGGCAGUCGCAUCGUUGCAGAUUUUCCGGAGCAAGUGGAAUAACACGACAACAAAAUGUCUCAAGGACAGUACUAUCCCUUCAAGUGUACACCAACUGUGUACCCCGCCGAGCCCUUCGAUGCGACCUCCGACGCAGCAUUGCUGCGAAAAGCAAUGAAGGGCUUUGGUACCGAUGAAAAAACAUUGAUCGAUGUUAUCACGAGACGCGGAAUAGUCCAGCGUCUGGAGAUCGCCGAGGCGUACAAGACCCAGUACGGAAAGGACUUGAUCAGUGACCUGAAGAGCGAGCUGUCUGGAAAACUGGAAGAUGUUAUUAUCGCCCUCAUGACGCCACUGCCACAUUACUACGCUAAAGAACUCCAUGAUGCUAUUUCGGGACUUGGUACCGAUGAGGAGGCCAUCAUCGAGAUAUUGUGUACCCUCAGUAAUUAUGGGAUAAGGACUAUCGCGGCGUUUUAUGAGAAUCUAUACGGAAAAAGUCUGGAGAAAGACCUGAAAGACGACACAUCCGGUCACUUCAAGCGCCUGAUCGUCUCGCUCUGCCAAGCGAACCGAGACGAAAACCAGGGAAUAGAUCACGCUCAGGCCCAGUCCGACGCCCAGAAUCUGUUCGACGUUGGUGAGAAGCAAUGGGGCACCGAGGAGUCCCAGUUCAACGCUAUUCUCGUCACCCGGAGUUACCAACAACUCCGUCAGACAUUCCUGGAGUACGAGAAGAUCUCCGGACAUGACAUUGAAGUUGCCAUCAAGAAGGAGUUCUCAGGGAGCAUCGAGAAGGGACUCCUUGGAAUAGUCAAGUGUGUUAAAUCCAAAGUCGGUUUCUUCGCCGAGAGACUCCACGCCGCGAUGCAGGGAAUUGGCACCAAGGAUCGCACCCUGAUUCGCAUCGUUGUCUCGAGGAGUGAAAUCGAUCUUGGGGACAUUAAGAAGGCGUUUGAGGAGCGCUAUGGCAAGUCCCUCGAGAGCUGGAUCACUGGAGACACCUCUGGGGACUACAAGAAAGCUCUUCUCUCCAUUGUUUCCACAUAAAAGGAUCCUGGAAGUCGUUAGUGUUACCUCAAUGUCCAAAAAUUAUAUUCAGAAUCUCGAGUCUCCCAACUGUGUUCACACUCGUUGCUCUGAAGAUCCAAGAAUUUGUUAUCGUCAAUAUUAUUAUUGUUGGGAGAAAUUGUGCACAAAUGGGCUUUUUUGUUAUGACAGAUUUAAUAGUGGAACGAGAUGAGUCGAAUCAAUUUCAUGUUCGGUUUUUCGGAGAUGAGGAAAUUUUUAUGGGACCCCCUUUUUAUUUUAUUUUAUAGAAAUACUCAUUGAAGGAAUAUUUUUUAUAUUUAAUAGAUUCAAAUUCUUAUUUUCAAUCUAUUUUGUUGAUGUUUCUUCUGCAAAAAUCAUGAGGCAUGAAUUUGUUAAGCUUUUUUCUCUUCAAUUUUACAAUGUAAAAAAAUAGAGUGGAAAAGGAAAUUGUGAAAUUCAUGCUCAUAAAUUUCUAGAGAAAAAAUAUCAAUGAAUGAAUUAAAUUGGGAAAUUGAAAUGAUGUUUAUGUACCAUAUAUUUUUCAGGAAUUAUUUCUAUGAAAAAUAUUAUUUCUAUUAAAAACUAAUUGAAUCCAAUUGUUAAAUUUAUAAAUU